ACAUCAAGUCUUAUGCCAGCCGCGCGCUUCAGACCAUUUGUUUUCACAGUGCGCAUGAGCACUGCCCACACUAGCCUCUCCCCCCUGUGUGCUUCAGGCUGCCCUUGGUACUUUCGCAUGCGCACACAAUUCGGGCGGCUGUCCGACAGAGACGGUGGUUAAGCUGUGUAAUGGCGGCCGCGGUGUUGCUGUCUUCGGAGAGCCCCGGCCCCAACUUUACGGUGGGCAGUACCGGAGAGGCGACAGUCGCCGGUAACGGACUGGGGGCAGCAGGACCGGCCUCUUGGAACCGUGCUCUUGACAGGGCACUGGACGAAGCGGCGGCCACCGGUUGCCUCCAUCUCAGCGGCAGGAAGCUGAAGGAGUUCCCGACGAGCGCCGCUAACCACGACCUCUCCGACACGACAAGGGCCGAUCUGUCGCGGAAUCGUCUGCCGGAGCUGCCGGUGGAGGUGUGCAUGUUUGUGUCUCUGGAGAGUCUGAAUCUGUAUCAGAACUGCCUGCGCUCCCUACCUGAGAGCCUGAUCAACCUGCAGGCCCUCACACACCUCAACAUCAGUCGGAACCAGCUCAGUUCCCUGCCAGCUCAUGUCUGCAGUCUGCCUCUCAAGGUUCUGAUCGCCUGCAACAACAAGCUGGUGUCUCUGCCUGAGGAGCUGGGCCAGCUGCGGCAGCUCACUGAGCUGGAUGUCAGCUGCAAUGAGAUCCAGAUGCUGCCUUCCCAGGUCAGCCAGCUGGAGGCGCUGCGGGACCUCAACAUCCGCAGGAACCACCUGGCAUGCCUGCCCCCAGAGCUGGCGGAGCUGCCGCUGGUGCGGCUGGACUUCUCCUGUAACAAGGUGACGUCCAUACCUGUGUGCUACCGGAACCUGCGCCACCUGCAGAGCAUCGUCCUGGACAACAACCCCCUGCAGAGCCCACCUGCGCAGAUCUGCAUAAAGGGGAAGAUCCACAUCUUUAAGUACCUGAACAUGGAGGCGUGUAAGGCUGCCGCUGAGCUGCCCGACUUCGACAGGAGACCAACGGCCUUCGGGUCCUGUGUGGAGGAGCUGUACCCGGGCCGGUCUUACGGGGCGCUGGACUCGGGCUUCAACAGCGUGGACAGCGGGGACAAGCGGUGGUCGGGCAACGAGCCCUCAGAGGAGUUGUCGGAGCUGCCGUCGCGAGUGGCCGAGAUCACCAGGGAUCAAAGACACCGCGGCAGGGGCGGAGCCGCCGUAUCCAACGGCAACGAGGCGGAGCUUGAGCAGAUGGACUUCAUUGACAGCAGCUGUUUGGAGGAGGACGAUGAGAGGCGGAGUCGGAGGGCGGAGCCUGCCAGCCUCAGCUCCCAGUUCAUGGCCUACAUUGAGCGACGCAUCACCAGAGAGCGCUCUCCUGUGAAGGCAAGAGACACGCGGACAGACGAUUCCCAUAGACACAGUGCCCUCAGCAGGAGCGUCCUGAACGGCAGAAGUAUGUCGCCCUCUGCUGGUCAGAGCCAGCGGGCUGUGGGGGCGGGGCCUGGAGCCACCGGGCUGGAGCACAUACGAAGGGAGGCUCACCUGGCCGCCAUGCAGUACGAGGAAGAGAGGCACAGGGGGCGCCAUUCCCAAAAAGAAGUGCUGACCUACGCCAAGCUCAAAGCAGCUCAGAGCCUCUCCAAACACAGUCUGUCAGAGAACGAAAGCACGUACCCCUCCCGACGCUCCACUCACACGGAUGACUCCGCCCUCUUCAUGAGCGAGGACCGUUCCCCCCUCUCUCCCACCUCCUCUGGACACCCCCCAGCCCUCCAAUCGCCUUCCAGUCCUGGUGCUGUGGCCCCGCCCCCCAGCCGGGGCCCCGCCCCCCAUCCCAGCAGCCUGCUGAUUCGUUUGGGACAGAGAGAGGAAGCCCAGGAGAGCCUGCUCUCCCUCUCUCAUCUCUUCCUCUCUCUUCCUCUCUCUUCCUCUCUCGAUGUCUCUGUCCCCACCUCUGCAGAUUUGGGAGUCCCUAAGGUGGAGGCUGAGGAGGCCACGCCCCCUGAGCCCUGUGCGUUUGUGGGAGAGGAGGCGGAGCUGGUGGAGCAACUGCGAAAGAACAUCGAGUCCCGGCUGAAGGUGUCGUUGCCUAGCGACCUGGGGGCGGCGCUGACGGACGGGGUGGUGCUCUGCCACCUGGCCAAUCACGUGCGGCCAAGAUCCGUGCCCAGCAUCCACGUGCCUUCGCCCGCUGUGCCCAAACUGACGAUGGCCAAGUGUCGCCGGAAUGUGGAGAACUUCCUGGAGGCGUGUCGCAGGCUUGGGGUCCCGCAGGCCCAGCUGUGCCUGCCACUUCAUAUCCUGGAGGAGAAGGGGCUCCCCCUGGUGGCCGGGACAGUAAGAGCCCUGCUGGAGCUGGCUCCCCCGAAACACACCCCCUCCCCCACGACCGCUGCCCCCCCUGUCUCCAUUUAGGACAGACAGGUGGACAGACGGACGUGUGAACGGAAUCCUCUGGCAAAUAUGUGGCUCGCCUGCCCUUCCCAAAAACCGUGGAAUUCUCCCUCUCACUUCUACGGUCGCCCCCCCCCGCCC